CUUUUGCCAUUUGCCUCGUUGUCGGUUCAAGGUAUAAAACAAACGACGCCUCGGUGUAUCCGAGUUUUGUUCAAUGAUGUUUACACGCGGUAAUUCUCACUAUUUGCUGCGCAAGUGCGUCUAUAUGACGCUACUCGUCGCCGUUUGUGCGACCGAAGAGACUUGCAACAGAGGAAAGUGUCCAGGCCCUUUGAGAUAUUACGAGGAACUGGGCUGCACGCCAGUGUACAAGAAUCCUGAUGAUUGCUGCGCUGAGAAAUAUGACUGCAGUCAUUUGAAGGAAUUGUCGAAGGAAAAGUGUUACGCGAACGGUCAUGUGUACGAGGUGGACGAGACGUUGAGAGACGAGGAUAAAAAUGGUUGCGAUGUCGGUUGUUUUUGCAGAACUGUUGAUAAUGGCGUUGCCACUUUUAUUUGCGCGGCAGUGGAUUGUGGAAUCAUAGCACCUAAAGAUAAUUGUUACAAUAAACGUUCGCAUGAUCGUUGCUGUCCUGGACCAUAUGUCUGUCUUGAGGAAGGACAAAAGAAGCCAACGUGCGAAGUAGACGGCAAAAUUUAUGAAGACGGUGAUUAUUUCCAACCAGAAUCUGAACCGGAAAAAUCAUGUUACUGCAUGGAAGGAUACACAGGUCAGAAUAUCGAACCUUUCUGCCGGAAGCCAAGGUGUGAUCCUCUCUUUCGAAACGCCCCCGAUGUUCAUGAAAACUGUGCACCCGUCUUUUAUAGCGAUCAAGUCCCACAAAAAGAUUGCAGCAUCGCUUCCAGAUGUCAAAAUGCGAACGACACUGUCAUUCACAACCACGAUAGUACUAAGUCUGUCUCUGAUGCAGAGAACGAUAUGUGUAAGUUCGGUAAUCUGAAGAUGCACAUUGGCGACGAACUGAACCAAGGGACCGACUAUAAUUCCAUUUGCGUGAGAUGCGUAUGCGAGACUCCACCUGUUCCCACGUGUCGGCGACUUGCCGAUAACGAAUGCCAAGGACCAGAUGUCCACAUUUAUAUUCCUUGAAAGCCGCAGGAGCUGUGAUACGAUUGUACGCCUACGAUUAGGUCAAUUUUAUUUGAAUAUAUUCUGUAUUUUAGACAUCUUCGGAAAAUGAAUUAGACGCAAUUAAUUCCAUUCUUCUAUGAACCAAGGCUUAGGUACCAGAUAAAUUGUAGUCCUUAAUAAAAGUUGUUACUGUGGCAUUUAA